ACACGGGUUUUAUAAUGCAACACUAAUUCCAAUUCAAGUGAAAACCAAGAACCAAAUUCUGUAGUAAAAAUGUUAAUUCUACAUAUAUUUUAUGCCAUAGCUCUGUUGAAAGUAGUGGAAAGUGUUAAAACUGUAUCUAUAGUAGGCAAUCCUCUAGCCCACGCAGUUCCUUGCAAAGAAAAUCGCGAUGUUUUAGCUACAUUCGAAAGUGGACGUCCACCGGGCGAAGAAAACCAGUACAAUUUGAAUAUAAUAGGAAACAUGUAUCCACAAUCUCGUGUAGAAUUGAAAUUUGAUUCGGAUGCUACUGUUAAUUUGUCUGAUCCAAUGAAAGCUAGAAUAACAGUGAACACGUACAAAAAUGCGUUUAGCGUUAGAUUCUUCAAGCCAGCUAAGGGUCUGAAUAUUAGAGUUAAAGGGCCUGCUACUGGUACCAUACCUUACGUCGUAAGCAUUGUCCAAGAUGGAGAAGAGAUCUGUGAGAAUUACACAACCGGUUACUUCGACGACCUCAUUCAAGGCGUCAAAGGGUCGGCUGAAAUCAGUUUGAGUGUGCCAGAAGGAACUUGUGGAAGACGAAAAGUAGUCCAUACUGGACUGAUUGUGAAUGGCCUGCCGACGAAGCCUGGGGACUGGCCUUGGCAUGUAGCCUUGUUCACUGUUGAAGGGGCUGUCGUGAAGUACAUCUGUGGAGGGACUCUGUUAAGUAAAACUUUGGUUUUGACUGCCGCUCAUUGUGCUACAAUCAGAAAUGAUCCAGUUGUACCAAAUUCUCUGAGCGCUAUUCUUGGAAAGCACAAUCUGAUCGGUGGGGAUAUAGCUCCACAGGAAAGAGAAAUUUUCCAAGUAAUCAUCCACCCAUCUUAUGACGUCAAGACCCUGAACAAUGACAUAGCUCUGCUGAAACUGAAGUCUGAAGCAGUGUUUGAUGACUACGUGCAACCAGCCUGCUUAUGGAACACCAACAACUUUAAGAAACUGCCUUCUGGUGAUGUGUAUGGGACUGUAGUGGGCUGGGGAUUCAACCAUCAAGAUUUUCUAUCAACAACCCUGCAGCAGAUAAAUAUUCCUUUAGUGUCCGAGGCGACCUGUUUGAAGAGUAACCCAAUAUUCUUCUCCAAGAAGCUCGAUGCAAACAAGUUUUGUGCUGGGUACACAAAUGGAACUUCAGCUUGCAACGGUGACAGCGGCGGUGGUCUGAUGAUCUUCGUGCCAGACAUUCCCGGCGCGUCUGGCAACGCGUCUGGUACCUGGCAUGUCCGUGGCAUCGUGUCUCUGACUGUCAGUCGUCGUGACGUAGCCAUCUGUGAUCCAUACCAGUACACGAUCUUCACUGAUGUUGUCCAAUAUAAGGAUUGGAUUGGUGGAUAUUUAGAUUGAGGGCUUGAUAAAUUUUUGGUAGAAAGUUUAUUUGUGUUUUUUUCCUUGGAAUUUAGAUGUAUGGGAUGAAAUAAAACUUUUUUGAUUUUGACGUAAAUCUGAAGUUCAUUCCCAUAUAUCCCGUAUGAGGUUUCAUAAACUUAUUUUUCUACAAGAAAACCAUCAUGCAAUUAUUUUUGUAUUGUUAUAAAAUAA